AUGAUGGGUACCACUGGAACCACAUCCUCCCAUCCCGUCCCAGAACAAACCAAUCCCACCCUCACCCCGGCAUCCGCUUCCGGAAGCACAGUGGACGACCAAGAGGAUGCCUUCAGCGAGCGUCUCUCCAACGUCGAUACCGACUCCGAAUCUAUAGUUGUCGUCGAGAGGAAACCCCUGCAUCAAAUCGAUCUCGACGAGCCGCUUCCUCUUGACCUGGGAACGCCGAUCGGAGUGAGUCUGGCGAAACUGGCAAAGGACUUUGAGGUCGCAACGAAAGGAGACGCGUUGGCAGAAGAAAGCUGCGAUGAUAAGGAGAACGUAAACUCGGGUCUGGCUGCUUUGCCGAUUAACAUUGAGAAGCCAAUCACACAGUCGACUUCUCGCGAUGUGCCAACGGACGCACCAAGGGAUGUUGGGGAAAAGGACGAGCAAGCGUCUGAUGUGCCAACCCCUCAAACGUCAAUCAAGGAAGCCGCCAGCACAGUCCCCUCCAGCGCAGUCGUUCCCAUUGCGCAUCCCACUACACCCUCGUCCGCCACCGAGGAAAACGAAGCAUCGAUCGCGCCAGCUGCCACAUCCGACGCCCCAUCCGAACAGGAAUAUACUGCUCGCGAAGAAUUUGAGGCUGAAAACACCCUGCGUCAGCGUUCUGUCGCACAACAAGCAAAAGAGCCCAUUGGAGAGUUCGAGGCAUCCCAUGAGACAGAUUCAUCUCCACAGCACUUUAAACAAGAAGCGAACAAAGAUGUAGAGGACUACGACACAAUCGAGCAGGAAAUGGCCGCAGAUCUCGCCGAAUCCAAAACACAUGUCGUACACGACGCACCCGAGCGAACGCUGGACGAGCAGCGACAAGCACGUAACAAAAACAUUCUGGAGGAGGUCUGGGACUCGAUCUUCACGCCAGGCAUCAACAGUCGCGUGCAGGGAGUCAUGAACCUGUCCUUUGCGGGACUGUUCCUUUCACUCUUAGCGUUGGCGGUGGCUACAGGUGGAAACCUUCACGUGCUGGCGCUGAUGGGAGUCGCGGCGUGUUUGUUUGCGUCAAUUCAAUGGUUUCUGCACGAGUUGGCCAAACAACCUCCUCCACCCGCCCUCCAAGCCGACAAGACCGUCAUCCCCUCCAUCGAAGUCCUGCGUGCUACACCAACCACUGAAGAGUCCGAACCAUUUGCUCUUCAGUCAGAAGACAUAUCAGGAGGGCAGUAG